AGUAUACAUAUUAGGGUUUUCGCUUUUACCAUACGCUUUCGAGUCCACCGUGCGUAGGGUUUUAGGGUUCGAUUCAAUGCGAGCUCCUUACUUAGCCUUGUGAAUCCACCACCGCCGCCGCGAAUCGUAGGCAGAAGCGUCAUAGCAGCAAUCUUAAUUUUUAUUAUUAGACACGAGCUGGAGGCACAAUGAGAUUGGAGAAAUGCUGGUUUUGCUCUUCAACUGUAUACCCUGGACAUGGAAUACAGUUUGUUCGUAAUGAUGCAAAGAUUUUUCGGUUUUGUAGAUCUAAAUGCCACAAAAACUUCAAAAUGAAGAGAAAUCCUCGCAAAGUGAAAUGGACCAAGGCAUAUCGGCGAGUGCAUGGAAAGGAUAUGACACAGGAUUCAACCUUUGAGUUUGAGAGAAAGCGAAACAGACCUGAGAGAUAUGACAGGAAUCUUGCAGAGAAUGUCCUCAAGGCCAUUCCUAAGAUUGAUAAGAUCAGAGUCAGCAGGGAGGAGAGACAUCAUAAGAAUAGGAUGAAAGGCAAAAAGGAAAAGCUGCAGAGGGAGGCAGCAAGGGAGUUGGAACAGGGCAUCAGUUUGGUCAAAGCUCCUUCUGUGCUUCAAGAGGAUCCAUCUCUCACUUUAUCGAAGAUCAAAGUCAAGGUUUCCCAACAACAAUCAGAGGAAAAUCGUCUCAUGGAAGAGUGAUUCUGUCGGUGCUGUACUUUAUUUCUUACGGUUUAACAUUUCUGGCUAGAUUAGUUGCCUGUGCGGCCCAAAUUACCUCUUUCCUUGUGCUCAUCAAUGUGAAAGGUUUUGAUUUUCAAACUAGAUUUUUGGAUAGGCGUUUGAUAUGUUGUCUCUUUGAUGAUGCCGAUGGUGUUGAGAUAGCGAACCGUUUUAAAGGAAAUCAGAAAGUUGUUGCAGAAGACCAAACUCGAAUGUGAUCAUUUUAAAACUCGGAAUAGCCGAACUUGCUAUAUAUACUUUUGCUCUAUGACAAGUGAGUUAUCGUUGAU